CGCUGAACCUUUCUAGUUCGAUUACACUGCGCCUCCAAUCAUUGUGCUCAGGUUUGAUAGACUCAGACUGCUGGUGGGGAGAAAGACGAGGAAGUAGCUGUCUAAUCUCGUAGUCUGGUCAUGUGUGUUUCUACUCUAUAUUCGAACAAUCGACACGAUGACGGGAUCAUCUGUAAUGCGAUCACAUGACUUGCCGCAAUAUGUAUAAAUGUGUUUUUUGUACAGUUUAACUUUAAGCUUUGUUUUACGUCGUCGUCGAAAAAGUUCUACACUGUCACGCGAGAUGUUGGGAAAUAGGUCCUAUUGUAAACAUUAUUGGCGUUGUAAAUCAACGAUGUUUUCUUCCUCAAGAAGAACUUUACAGCUUCUUUUGGAAAUGAUUUCAAACAAUUCGAUUCCAAAUUCAAUUUGAAGCGAUUUAGUUUCUUCUUGAAUCCUCGAAAAAUAUUCAUUUUAUUACAUCUUUUUCAAAUUCAUCUCCUGGUGGUUCACUCUUUCUGACAUUUCAUUUCGUGCAUUUGUGUGUCUGAAUACACCUUAAAACGAAUAACAUAGCAUGGAGUGCAUCUUCGUAGUGGGAGUUUAGGACAAAUUUACAUGCUUGCUCUAUUGUUUUGAAGAUUAGAGAAUAGUUCUUUAGGUUCUAGGUCUUUGACCGUCCAACUCUUGUUCAAAAUGCAUGAGAUGGUCGCCAUAUCGAGAACGAUGGAGGAGGUGUUAACAUUGUGCUCCACUACAUAAUUUGACUUCAGUGCUCAUAUGUGUUGGGUACACUUCGUGUCUCUAUGAUGACGCUAGAAAAAUCAUCAUUCUUUCAUGAUUCACCCAUUUCCAUUUGGACAGGAAACGACUCAAAUAAGGCGCAAUAGAGCUAGACUCUGGCACAUUCCUUUGCAUAGAUAGGCAAUCCCGUCAUCGACAACAGUACAGGCCUAGGAUUUGGCUAUGACUCCU